CAUUCAGUCAGAUCUGUUCACAAUCACUAAAAACGGAAUAAAAACAGAUAUAAAACAAAAUAUUAAAGUCUGAUCAUGGCCCAGAUCAAGACGGAACCAAUCAUUUACGUAGAUGAUUCCUCACUGGAGUCAAAUGACUUGCUUAUGGAAAUUGUAAAGGAAGAGGACAGUGAAAUAUGCCUGUCCGGGGAAAAAAGGAACUCUGAGAGAUUGCUUAAAGUGGAGCUCGAACUGGAUGAGAGAGUAAUCAAAACAGAAAAAGUCGACUAUGGAGAAGAGCUAACCUUUUCCUUAAACGGAUCAACAUUGGAUCCUCAAAUAAAUGUGAAGACUGAGCAAACGACGGAGUUCUUUGAGGUGCUAAUGGUGGACGAGGAAUUUUGCAAAAAGGAAGAUCCUGAGGAUAUUAGCUACCAACUGAUGGGACCACAAAAGGUCUGCUCUAAAUGUGGUCAGUCCUGCCAAACCGAUCUCGAACUAACCGGUCACAUAUGCCAACAAAUAGAUUAUAAGCGUUUCAAAUGCAAGGUGUGCCCACUCAGAUUCCAGUAUAAACGCGAACUGAAACAGCAUGAAAAAAGCCACAUGUCAGCCCUCAGAGACUGCACCUGCUCCAAGUGCGGAUUGCUCUGCUGGAAUUUCACAGAGUUGAUGAAACACAUGCGUCAGCACAUAAAUGAGAAGCCCUAUAAAUGUGACCUGUGUCACAGAAGUUUUCCAUAUCCGCAGAAUCUUACAAUGCACAUGAAUACGCAUAAAAAUCAAAAGCGAUGUUUCUCAUGCGACAAUUGCAACGAGUCCUUCACGACUGAGGUUCAGUUAAACGAACAUGUACGUCUGUUGCAUAUGGCACAGCAUGGAUCGUUUCGUUGCCCAUAUUGUCCACGUACAUUUUCCCGUAAUGCUGGUCUGCGAGCUCAUUUGCGUCUUCAUGAUAACGAUCGACCCUAUAUGUGUAAUUUUUGUCCAAGGGCCUAUUCUCGGCGAGAUCAACUAAAGAAACACUUGCAAAGUCACAGUAGCAAGAACAAAUCCAGAACAAAGUCAAAGAAGCCCAAGCCCAGUCCUGCCUCAGACAGCGAAGAACCUUCAACGACAGUAGACAGAGCAUUAAAAGUAGAAAAUCUGGAUGCUGAUGUUGAUCCCGAAGCAGGAGUACAAGGAGGGGAUAGCAUGGUAGACAAAUUCGUCGAGAAUCAUAAUUUAAAAUUCGUUUGCGAGAUCUGCGGAAUACCAUAUAAACAGAAAUAUCACCUAAUGGUCCAUAAACGAUGGCACACCGGAUAUCGGCCCUUCAAGUGUAAUCUGUGCGGCAAGGAAUUUACAAAUAAACAAGGCUAUAACAAUCAUACGCGUAUGCUCUGCUCGAUAGAGCAACCCUACAAAUGUCACGUGUGCCCGAAGGCAUAUGGCCAAAGGAAUCAUUUAGUUUCCCAUAUGCGUUCACAUGACGGUGUCUGCCCCUACAAGUGUCCCUACUGUCUGAGGAAGCAUCCUAAGACCGUACAACUGUGGCAACACAUUAAAGAAUGCCCAAAAUUGGACCAACUGCAAGCGGAACAUGAUGCUAUUAUGAUGAGUUAAGUUAUAUACAUAAUAUACUUAUGCAUAACAAAUUCACUUCAUGGUCAGCUCCAUGAGAUAGAGUGAAACAGAUAGUUUAAAAGUUAGAUAGAUUCCAAUUGGUAAUUAAACAAAGCAAAUGUAAAUAGGAUGAUAAAUAUUCUAGUAAGUUUUAAUUAUAAUUUAUUCACCAA